AUGUUUUUUGGAAGCAAAUUACCUCGCCUAAGGCGAUUUGGGUAUCUUUAUAAAAAUGAUAACGAUUUUAAAUCGAAAAAAAUACGAGAAGAAAAAUCCAAAAACGAUGAUCCGGUUACAAAAGAUUCUAGUGACUUCUCUUCACUUAAUUUAAGUCAAAUCUUGGUAGAAUGGCUAAGGAGUAGAGGUAUAACACGCAUGACAAAGGUCCAAAGUCUUGCAAUAACUCCUCUUCUUCAAUCUGGAAAGGACGUGCUAGUUCAAUCUCGUACGGGAUCCGGGAAAACGCUUUGUUUUGUUCUUCCAUUAUUGCAAUUAUAUAUGAACACGAAAGGAUACAAUGAUAUAAAGGGUAUUAUUAACGUUUUUGGUUUGAUCGUGCUACCGACUAGAGAACUUGCUAUUCAGGUUUCCGAUAUAAUAAGAGAUUCUCUGUCGUACAUUGAAGACCCAGGAUAUGCAAAAACUUCUGUAAAGACUAAAAAUAUGUUUAAAAUUCAUGAUAUGAUUCUAUAUUGCCCUCUAUUGAUAGGUGGAAUUAGCAUUGAUAACAAUGUAAAAUCGCUAAACAGUGCUAAGGAACAUAAAUUUGUAAGAUCAUUUCUUGUAGCUACACCCGGAAGGUUGCGUCACUUGAUGGAUAUGCUAUCUCAAGAAUUUGUUUGGUCCUUUAAAAAUUUAGUCCUAUUAAUCCUAGAUGAAGCUGAUCGUCUACUCGAAAUGGGAUAUCAAAAUGAUAUGAGUAUAAUUUUUGGUCAAUUGCCAAAACAAAGAAGAACUGGUGUGUAUUCUGCCACGUUAUCGAAUGGUGUAAAAGAUCUAGCUAAAAUUUGUCUGUCAAACCCUGUUUUAAUAGAUCCUGAUUCACAAACACCGUCUAAAGAUAAUUUUACACUAGAAAAUGUGGAAAAAAAAAAAUAUUCUACCCCUGAUGGUCUCAAUAACUAUUACAUACUCUUAAACACACAAGAGAAACUUCCAUUUGUAAUGCUAUUCAUACAAUAUCUUAAAUCAAUUAAUGCAACAAAAUGUGUGUUGUUCUUUCUAUCAUGUGACCUUGUGGAUUACUACUUUGAUAUUCUGAAGGGCUUAUCUUUGUACUCAAAUCCAUUUGAUACAACUGGUAGUAAAUUGGUAGAGGAUCCAUGUGUUACUUAUCACAAAAUUCACAGAAAACUGACAACAAAAAAAAGACAGCAGAGUUUUAAUGCGUUUAAAGCACCUAGUGUGGAUACAAAUGGUUCUAAUAAGAAUCUUCAUGUAUUGUUAUGUACCGAUCUUUUUUCUAGGGGAAUUGACAUUCCAAAAAUAGACUGGAUUAUUCAAUUUGAUCCGCCCCAAGAUCCAAAUUUUUAUGUUCAUAGAAUUGGCCGGGUUUGUAGAGCUGAUAACACUGGAAACGCUCUCCUAUUUCUUACACCUAACGAAGAAUCCUAUAUUCAGUUCCAACUAAAUAGGAACAUCAGAUUAACCAAACUAACGAAUAACAUCUUGGAUCCAGUUUUAGAUAUAGUAACAAGCAUUUCCAGUGAAAAAAUUCUGCCGUUUUUGUUAAAUAACAAUGUAGAUGUCGAUACUAGAAUAGAAGAUGGGACUAUGACGUAUUCCGAAUACCUAAAGCAGAGACCUCUGCCUAAUCCAGUUCUUCCAUGGGAUAUAACAGCGAUGUUUCUCUCUUAUCUACGUUCAUAUAUAUCAACAGAUCGUAAACUUCUUCUAUCAGCAUCUAAGGCAUUCGUUUCAUACGCAAAGUCAUAUUCUGAACACAGAUUAAAACUAAUAUUUGAGAUCAAUAAAUUUGACUAUGGAUCUCUUGCAACUUCCAUGGGUGUUUUGAGGAUUCCUAGAAUAAAGGAAAUACUGGGGAGAAAAAUGGAAAAUUUUAUGCCCAGCAAUAUCAUUCCAAAUAGUGUUCCCUUCAAAGACAAAAAACUGGAACUUGAAAGGUUAAAAAAAAUGGAAGAGACACCAAAAAUCAUCAAGCCAAAAGAGAAGAAACAACCAGCCCCUCAAAAAUCAAACAGAACUAGGAGUCAAAAGCGUAUGACUAAAAAGCAAAAUUCAUAUGAUGAAUGGUUAGAAUUAUCGAAGGAGGAAUCCCUUGUUAAAAAAUUGAAAAAGAGGAAAAUCACCUAUGACAAAUUUGAAAAGUUACUAAACAAUGAAGAAUCUGAUUGGGAACAGGAACUGGAUAACUUUGUCAGGGAAACCCAGACGAGUGACAAUGAAUCAUACAAAAAAUGGAUAAGCGGUGGUAAGAGGGGUCGUAAGAAACGAUAG